GGCAAGACACUGGGCUUGCAAGGCGUCUUCAGCCCAUACAGCAGGUGCCAGUACCUGGUCUGUUUCGUGACCGGCUUCGGGGUCGGCUGCGGCACCAAGUCGGUUCCGUACAUGACCAUCGUGGGCUCUGAUAUGAUCAGUCCCCGGUACAAGCUUCAGACCAGUGACUACGUUUUUGUGAGUGGGUCCGAGAUCUGGCUGAUUGUCAGUGUUCCUGAGAGUCUGGGUACACCCAAGUUAAUGAUUCUGUCCAUAGAAUCGGAGGACAGGCGAUUGUCUACAUGGUUUGUGAAAGAAGUGUACGUCAGGCAUAUCUGUUCAGAUACGGAACUGUUGUUUGUUUUCACCACCUGGUUGCCAAGCAAGGAUGGGCUCGUGUUUGCCGUAGAUGAUGCAGCUCCAAGUCGAGAUCUCGUCAAGAUGACUGUUGGAUCCAUUUUAUUACGUCUGAUGCGAAAUCAACAUCCGAUUGUGGGAAUGAUCUACAAUAUUCCGGGUAGUCGGUUCAACAAG